AUGCCCACGACGGCAAUCGAACUCCCAAACCUGGGACAAAAUACGGGAGAAGAAAGACAAAGAAAUCUCAAUUCCUCUAGCACCCUAGAAGUCGACGAGGUUAUGCAGCAAUCUCUCAUUGCAGAUUCACAAGUCCCCGACGGAGGCUAUGGCUGGGUUCUCAUCGGUGCAUGUGCCGUUGUGACAUGGUGGUUCGUCGGUGCCUCGUAUACAUGGGGUGUGAUGCAAGCAGAACUAGUUGACAAAGAGGGAUAUUCCUCUUCGACUUUGGCGUUUGUUGGAUCGCUGUGUCCGGCUUGUAUCUCUCUUCUUGCUGUUCCUAAUGCGAGGGUGAUUGGAUUGAUUGGAGCUCGGACGACUGCCAUGCUUGGUAUUUUCUUGCUCGGUCUUGGCAGUAUUCUUAGUGGAUUUGCUACACAUAGUGUUCCUGGACUUUUUAUGACUUGGGGCUUUGUUGGUGGUCUUGGGACUAGCUUGUGCUUCAUGGUUGUUUCCGUCACACCAGCUCAAUAUUUCAAAGCCAAGCGCGGCAUCGCAAACGGAAUUGUCUAUGCUGGCGGCGGACUGGGCGGCACAGUCAUCAGUUUCAUCCUCGACGCACUCCUCCAAAGCGUGGGCAUAGCCUGGACAUUCCGGAUCCUCGGGUUCCUUAUCAUGGCAACGGGGCUACCAGCCGCCUGGUUCAUCAAAGAACGCUCACCAAUCAAACCAGCAAAGAUGGUCGAAUGGAGUCUGUUCAAGGAUGUGCGCUUUGCAGUUCUUUUCGCUGUCGGUGUCAUCGGUACAUUCCCGCUCUUCGUGCCAGCUUUCUUUUUGCCAUUGUAUACCAACUCGCUUGGCUUGCGAUCCAGCGCUGGAGCAGGUCUCGUGGCGGCGUUUAACUUUUCGUCUGCGAUUGGGCGUCUUUCGUGUGGAUUUGCGUGUGAUCGGUUGGGAUCACUGAACACGCUUUUCUUGUCGUUGCUGCUCAGUGCUUUAAGUAUUUUUGUGCUGUGGCCUGUUUCUACUUCUAUUGGGCCUUUGAUUGCGUUCACGAUCAUCAAUGGGUCUGCGAAUGGGGGUUUCUUUUCGACUAUGCCUACCGUUGUCGGGAACGUGUUUGGCUCGGCGCGGAUGUCCGUUGCUGUGGGUAUGAUUGUUAGUGGGUGGCUUGGCGGUUACUUGCUUGGUGCUCCUAUUGCUGGUUACAUUUUGAAUGCUUCUGGUGGUCAGGCUGGUGGUAUUGGAGCUUAUCGACCGGCUAUCUUUUAUGCUGGCUCUAUGGCCACGGCUGCGACUAUUUUGGCAGCAUUUGUGCGGAUUAAGGUUGAUCGGAGGAUUAAGAAGACCGUUUGA